AUGUUGAAUUACGUGAGGUUCCUAAAGGAGAUACUCACCAAGAAGAGAAAGUUGGGAGAGUAUGAGACUGUGGCGAUGAUUAAGGCCUGCAGCAAUAUCCUCACGAGCAAAAUUCCAGCAAAGAUGAAGGACCCUAGAAGUUUCACGAUACCUGUUUCCAUUGGAGGACAAAAAAUAGGGCUUGCAUUAUGUGAUCUAGGAGCCAGCAUCAACCUCAUGCCCUUAUCCAUCUAUAACAAGCUGGAUAAGGAGGUCUCUAUCAUCCUUGGGAGGCCAUUUCUUGCGACAAGAAGAGUGCUGGUAGACGUUCACAAAGAAGGGCUGACGAUGCGAGUUCAAGAUCAAGAAGUGAAAUUCUCAGUAUACGACUCAAUGAAAUUCCCAACUGAAUCAAAAGAGUGUUCCGUGCUAAAGAUCCUGGACGAGGCAUUAAUGGAAGAGUUGGAAAUAGAAGCCAUGCUAAAGCAUCUGRAAUUUGUCGAAUCUUAA